UCUCUCUCUCUCUCUCUCUCAAGCUGAUUAGUGAGUUUGUCUUUCUUCUUCUUCUUCUUCUUCUUCUUCUUCUUCUUCUUCUUCUUCUUUGUUUCUCUUUUGGUCUAUAUAUCCAGUCGUGCUACUCUUACAAGCUCUCAUUUUGAUCAUCACCAUUAUCAUUGCUAUAGACAACAUGGUUCCCACCGUCGAAUUGGAAUCCAAGGGGAUCUAACUAUCUAUUGACUUCAAUAUUAUUCUGAUUUCUUUAUACAGAACAGAGGUUCCUGUGGGCUCAAUGAUGAUGGGCUUAAAAUUGCCUUACAAGUUGCAGGCCGUCGGUGGAUUGAGAUAUGUUGAUGGAUGUCACCAACCAUAGUGACAAUUAAAAUUGUCCCGUUCUAGGAUCUGAAAUCGAUACCAACUACCAUGUUCGCGCUUCCUUCUUGCUUCUUGCUUCCCUGAGGUUCUUCCCACGGUUUUUUUUCCGUCAUCGUCUCUUUCUUUGAUAAACGAAAUUUCUAUCUUAGUUUAUCACAAAGCGAAGCCUCAUGGGAGUCUCACUCGAAUCACGUAGAGGAAGUCAGAAUUUUCAGAAGAAGGGUUUGGGGGAGAAGAAGCUUUCCCUAGCGCGACUCUACGAAUCGAGCGGUUCAAUUAUCAAGAUUUGGCUUGGGAAGCCCUUUCCGACCUUAUGGUUUAUCGAUGUUAUUAUGCUUUCCUAUUAUUUUCAACAGAUUGAAUGCCUAUGAGAAUUGUUACAUCAUAUAUGCUCGAUAACCUAUUCUGUUAAAAUUUCGCAUUUGUAUUUAUGUCUCAGAAUGAUUGCUUUCCGAGUUCGUUCUUUUCUCUUUCUUAUCUUGAUAUUUUUGAACAUUUUCAUGAACCCAUUUGUUGUUUCUGUGGUCUGCUGGUUUAAAGAGAUUGGAAAUUCUAACAUUGAUCCUUUUUUGUGGGGGGGGGGGGUUGGUUAAAUCCACUUUCCUUUAGUUCAGGUUUUGUAAACAUGUUCGUGGAGUUUUUUUGAGUGGUUGAGCCAAGUUGGGUCCAAGCCUAUGUGAAGUGUCAAUGAAUUGGCAUCUACUACCUUAGUAUUAAACUAUUAAUGGUCUUUGUAGUCAUCCAAAGAGUUACUUUGGGAAGUGUGUAGUGGGUUUGGGUUUUCUUAACGGAGAGAGAAAGUGACAAGGUUAGAGAUUGAGAGGAAUAGUUUAGCUUGCUUGAGAAAAUAAGAAGAAAGUUUUCUUGAAGCUAUCGGAGUAUAAGAAGUGCAAAAUUUCUACAUGAAGUUUACUUUUUCUUUUUGGUUCAUUCUUGAGGCCGUUUAUGCUAUACCUCAUGCUCUUGUUCAGACCGUGCAACUGAAGUUGGAGCUUGUUGGUUGGGUCCUCCAAGUUUUGGGAGAAAUCAUUGGUGGCUUUUAGAUAUGAUUUGGUAACAUCUUGUUGAUAUGUGAGGUAACCUUGAAAAGUCUUCAAGUGCUUAUUGUUCUUUUUCAAUGUUGUUGUGAAUCUUAAGUUUUGGCAUAAACUUGAGAAGUGGAACAUUGUAAUCCUUAUUUGAUUUUAGUGGAUUGCUUUCGGAGUUGCCUUGUGGUUUUCCCUUUCACUUUAUAGGGUUUUUCACAUUUAAUAUGGUGUUUGAUUGGAUUGUGUUUGCAUGUUCCAUUUCUGUUUUUGUUUCUAUUUGCUUUUUUGACUCACACAAGUCGAAAGAUUUUUCCGUAUCUCUUCCCAACACAUUAAGGGCUUCCAUUCCCUAAUAUUCUAUAUGCAUCAAGUGAUCAAAGUCAAAACUGGUUUAUUACCAUGAAUAUUUACUUGUAUUAUUUCCGCUAAUGGGGACUCUCAAUGCAUAUGUAUGUAUAUCCAUUUGAUUGCACUAUUAAUUGUUAAAAAUUUUCAUUCUAUUUCAGCUGCUGUUAUUACAUGCCACCACAUUUGCAAAAUCUAAGAUGCACCCCAUGGAAACUUUGUAAACCUUAUUAACUACUUGGGGUGGCUACAUGACUCCUGUUGUGCCUUUCACUCUAUGUACACAUCCAAGAGGAUUUCAGUAUUCUCACAUUAGAUAAGACUUCUCAGAUUCUAGUACUAUUCACUGUAUUUCAUUUAUGUAGAGUACCAUCCUCAUUUAGGUUCCCUAUUGGGACUGAUCUCAUUUAGGUUACUGCAUUCUAGCUUUAAAUCUGUGAUCCCAGAAUAAAAACCCCUUCAGGAUUAUGGUAUUUUCAAUUACUUACAAAUCUAUCUCUUCGUUGUUUGUUCAUGAAUGUAUCUGGUGCUCAGUGAAAACAACCACAGUGAAAUAUGGAUAAUACAAUGGAAGAUAAGCUUCUUGUGCCCGGGAAGGAAUGUGUAAUGGACUUGAAAAGAAGAGUUUGGAUUGAAUCAAAGAAGCUAUGGAGCAUUGCAUCUCCUGCUAUAAUCACAAGAUUAACAUCAUUCGGAAUAUUAGUGACUACACAGUCAUUUAUGGGACAUAUUGGUGAAAAUGAGCUUGCUGCAUAUGCGCUUAUCCAAAUCCUUCUCGUCCGCUUUGCAAAUGGAAUAUUGUUAGGAAUGGCAAAUGCUUUAGAAACAUUAUGUGGUCAAGCAUUUGGAGCACAACAUUACCACAUGAUGGGCAUCUAUUUACAACGGUCAUGGCUUGUUCUUCUUGCUAGUUCAGCCAUUUUGCUCCCUUUCUUUAUCUUCACAUCACCCAUUUUAAGGCUUAUAGGCCAGGAAGAAGAGUUAUCAGCAGUCGCAGGAAAUAUUAGCAUUUGGUUUAUACCCAUUAUGUACUAUUUUGUAUUUUCAUUUACAAUGCAAAUGUACUUACAAGCCCAACGAAAGAACAUGAUUAUUGGAUGGUUAUCCUGUGCAUCAUUUGUGGUUCACUUGACCUUAUCUUGGCUCUUUGUCUAUAAAUUGAACCUGGGAAUACCCGGUGCCAUGGGUGCAAUGAUCAUCUCCACAUGGUCAAUGGUCAUUGGGGAAUUCAUUUAUGUCUUUGGUGGUUGGUGCCCUGAAACAUGGAGAGGAUUUUCUAAGCAUGCAUUUGCUGACCUUUGGCCACUCUUCAAACUCUCUGUAUCCUCUGGCAUGAUGCUUUGCUUAGAGUUAUGGUACAAUGCAGUGCUAGUCUUAUUGGCGGGCUACAUGAAAAAUGCUACUAUUGCCGUAGCUGCCUUCUCUAUCUGCCUCAAUGUCGUUGCUUGGGAGUUCAUGAUACCCCUUGGUUUCUUAACUGGAGCUUGUGUUCGUGUUGCAAAUGAAUUAGGGAGUGGGGAUGGAAAAGCUGCAAAAUUUGCUGUUAUAGUCAACUUAAGUACUUCAUUGUCUCUUGGUGUGCUAUUUUCGGUUCUGUUUUUGGUAUUUGGUCAUGUCUUAUCCUAUGCAUUUACAAGCAGCACAGAGGUGGCCACAGCUGUAUCGAGCCUAUCCACUUUACUUGCUUUGUCAGUCUUGCUCAAUAGUGUUCAGCCAGUACUCACAGGGGUGGCUGUUGGUGCUGGGUGGCAAUCUGUGGUAGCAUAUGUCAACCUUGGUUGCUACUAUGUAGUGGGGAUUCCUAUAGGACUUUUGCUUGGUUAUGUUGCAAAACUUGAUGUUAGGGGCAUAUGGAUUGGAAUGAUGUGUGGGGUUGCAUUGCAAACUUUUGUGCUUCUUUGGAUCACUUGGAGAACUGAUUGGGACAAUCAGGUGGAAAAGGCAUCAGAACGUCUAAACAGGUGGUUUUUGGCACCUUCUCACGAGAAUGAUGACAACACAUCCCAUGCUUGAUGAGAGAGUGAGCCCCCCAUUUUUCUAUGUUGUAUGCAGAGGGAUUCUCGUCACCUCAUCUUGAACAAUCCUUGAGGAUGCAAUGCACAGGGGACUUAAAAGAAGAAUUUUGAUUCACUGCAACCAUAGAAGAUAUUCAACUGUUAAAUGCUACAAUGGGAAUUCGAAUGGCAUCACCUAAUGACAGCUGCAGCAGUUCUUCAGUAGGAAUCCUGGAGAUGACUGAAACUCUUGUGUUUUUGCAAGAUAGAAAAAAACGUUUUUGUAUUUCUAUUUUAACUUAUCUAUGGGGGAUUUCCAGAUCUGGGAACAUUUUCCUUUUGGGAUUCAUAUUAAGAGAUUGAGCCAUCUUUUAAACUCUGGGUUGUGAACUCAUCUGUGAUUUUUUAGCAGAAGAGCUCUGUUUGUCUUUGUCUGUUGGUGAAUCAUCAAACCUCUAACCCUUAUUUCACGAGUAGACUUAAUUUAUCUAAGGUAGUCUCCCAUCC